AUGCCACCAUCCAACUUUUCUCAGCUUUCAAACUUCGUAUAUCCCCAGCAGGGAAUCCCUCCCGAAGAGUCCCCUCAGGGGCAGAACCUAGAUCCUGCUGCGUUCGGAGGAGACCUUGAUUCGCUUGCUUGGGAGGAAUACGUAAGACCAGUUCGCUCGGCUGCUGAACGCAAAUCAUCCCGCUCUUUGCUAACUCAAAACGUUGAAGCUCCAGAUUCCCAGCUUCAUCUAGCAGAGGCAGAAUCCCUCUCCCACUUGGCUUCUCGUGAGGGCGACGAUCAUCAGCAGACUCCCCGAGCCCCAUCACAUUCGGUUCCUGAGGCCCUGCAAGAAGACAACGCGGACAACAACUCGAAUGCGAUAGACCCUAGACUGUUCGAUGCUAGUUACGAUCCGCGGUUUUUCGUCAAAAAGUCGCCCUCGUGA